AUGGUGUUCGUCAGGGCGGGGUUGUUGUUGCCGUCGAGGUUUUACGCGAGCACGGGGGGGUACGAGUCGCCGUUUAGCAUGUCGACGUUGAUGUCGACGUUCGCGGGGAGCGGGGGCGCGGCGUUGGACGCGAUGGCGAACGCGCUCGGAGGGGAUAAAACGGCGGCGGUGACGCAGGGUGCGAAUUGGUUGGCGGAUUCGAUGAGCGCGGGUGGGGGAGUGCCGUGGUUUCACAUCGGUAUAGGGCCGUUCAUCGGCGCGUCCAUCGCGAUGUCUGUCGUCGUGGCGUUUUCGCCAGACUUGCAAAGGAUGCGCAAGGAUGAGAUGGGUCGAGAAACCAUCGAGUGGUGGACGCGUUUGAUGACGCUGGCCAUCGCAGUGAUUCAGAGCGUGAUAGAGGCGAGAACGUUGAAGGUGUACAGUCUUGUGGGAACCGGACUCGGGUACUAUCUCGCCGUCGUUCCCAUGUUCAUCACGGGCGCGCUCGCGAUUACCUGGGUCGCCGACGAGAUCACCGAUUACGGUUUAGGGCAAGGAAGUAGCGUGAUAAUCACCAUGUCGAUAUGUGGUGGAUAUUUUGCCGCCCUAAAGGCGCUUUUGCCGAAGAUUAUGACGGAUUUUUCAUUCGCCACGGCGCUACCGGCGUUUGCGUUCUUUGGCGUGCUCAUGCUCGGCACGGUUCUCUUGGAGCAAGGUACCGCCAAAGUCCCUUUGCAAUAUUUCCAAGGCCCCUCUGGUAGUGCUGGGCUACCCAAGGCAUUCAAGGAGGAUGAGGGUGAUCACAUUCCGUUUAAGAUUAAUCCAACGAAUAUGCAGCCGGUCAUUUUUUCCAUGUUUCUCUUGAGCGCAUUGCAGUGGCUACCGUUCGGGUUUUUAUCUUGGAUCAAUGGACAGUCAGUGGGUUACUUCGUGCUUCUCUUCAUACUCGUGUUCGCCGGGACGUACGUCGAUCUACAAAACACCCCGCAAGACAUCAGCGAAUACAUCAUGAAGAUUGGCGCUCGCGUCCCCGGUAUUCGCCCUGGUACGAAGACUGUUGAAUUCUUUAGUCGCGUUCAGGCGGGUGCGAGAUUUUUUGGAGGGAUUCUACUCGCGACGAUCGCGACGAUUUGUUCGUUGACGGAUUUGUGGAUGUCGAAGACGACCGGUCAAUCCAUCGGGCUGACGUCGAUGUUAAUCGUCGUCUCCACCGUCAUCGCCGUCAAGCGCCAGAUUCAAGCCAUGUCCCAGAUGCCGAAGAUGGACGAGGUGCUUCAGACGAUGUGA